AUGAUUCAACCAUAUCGCUAUCGAUGUUUAAAUCCAUUGAUUAAACAAUAUGUUAGUUACCAGCAGUUGGGCAACGAAAUCGAAGAAUGUUCAGAUGGAAGUGAUGAACUUUCGGAUGAACUACAUUGGCCCUUCUUUCGAUGCGAAUUCGAAGAUGAAUAUGCUUGUUGGGUAUUGCGUGGUACUGGUCUUGAUAGUAAUAAUCGUAUCAAAGAUGUACGACUUCUUUUUCAUCGCCACUGUGAUUCGAUCUGGGAUACAAGAGAUGGUCGAGAUGAGAAAAAUUGUUCACAAUGGAUUUGUGCUCUUGGAAUAUAUCAAUGUCAAGGUACUGGACAAUGUAUUAAUGAAACACAAUUCUGUGAUGGCGAAUUCGAUUGUGAUAAUGGUGAAGAUGAAUUAAAUUGUUCAAUAACAAAACUUCAUUGGUCACUCGAAGAUCUAUGCAAUAAUUCAAGAGAACAUUUUUGUAUUACGUCCAAAUUUCUUUCGAAUCAAACAUUAUAUCGUCCGUGUAUAGAUUAUACGAAAACAGGCGAUGGACACAUUGAUUGUAUUGGUGGAAGAGAUGAACGCAACGUUUUUUCAUGUUCAGAUCAUCGAAUGUUAGGUGAUCGUUUUCUAUGUGAUAAUGCGACAAAAUGUUUAAAUCAUACAGUGAUUUGCAAUGGUAUUUAUGAGUGCUUCGAUCAAACAGAUGAACUUAUUUGUUUCUGGAAUCGACAUCAAUGUCUUAUGGGACAGUUUGCUUGCUCCAAUGAUAGUAGACGCCUAGCCAACUUUUUACCACUUCAAAGCUUGGCAAAAUAUACUGGUAUCAUUCGUUUUUAA